CUUGGCUCGAUAUGUUUCCACUGCAGCAACGCUAAUAACUAACGUUAACUGGUGGCGACUCUUUUUGAUCCACGACAACUGCUAGUACGACGUCUCCAUCAUUAGAGUAGUUACUUACUACCUCGACGACUUUGACUCCUCGCACACACACACAAACCACGAAAGCAAGAAAAAAGAACCCCAACCCGUCUGUACAAUAAAAUGCCUCUCUUCGGUUCCAGGCGCGAGCCCUCGCCUGAGGUGGUGAUUCCCGUGCACGACGCGCCGCCGCGCAAGCACAACUCGCUCUUCCACCGACACGAGCCGGCCCCGGCCCCAGCCCCGGCGCCCGUCCCGGCGACGACCCACCACCACAAGUCCGGAAUCACCGGCGGCGGCGGCGGCGGCGGCGGUGGGCUCUUCCACCGCAACCGCACGCCGUCCCCGCCCGUAACAACCGCCUCCACCACCGGCCACGGCUCGCUGCUACACAACCGUCACAGCAGCCGCACCAGCCGCUCCAUCUCCUCGUCCCGCAGCAGCGGCAGCGACUCCAUCUCCCACCACCACCGGCACAGCAGCAGCAGCAGCAGCAGCAGCAGUAAGCCGGGCCUACUGUCACGCGCCCUCAUGGGGCACCGGCACGGCGACGACGAUGUAGACCCGUCCAUUCUGCAGGCGCGCGAGCGCGUCAUGGACGCCGAGGAGGCCGAGGCGCAGGCCGACCGGGCGCUCGAGGAGGCGCGCCUGCGGGUGCGCGAGGCGCGCGAGCACGCUCGCCGCGUCGAGGCCGAGGAGGAUGCGCGCCGGGCGAGGGUCAAGCAGCGGCAUGCCAAGGAGGUGACCAAGAGGGGCAAGGGGCUGGGCCGACACGGCGUCUAG